GACAAGCUUGCGAGAAAUGCACUUCCACGAUUUGGAGGAGUGCCUGGAAAAUGACUGUAUUCCAUGCGGGAGGGAAUCGAUAAUCACAGGCAAACUUCAAAGGAUGUUCAAGAAUAAGCAACAAGUGACAGGUUCUCCAAUGCAAGGAGCAGGAUCAAGUGAUACUGAAACAGUACCACCAGAUGAACAUCUUGGUUAUCUGGAAGACAAACACCUGCUUCGUAUCGCAGUGGGCAUGGGAAUGGAGUGGAAACAACUGGGUGUCAGACUGGGUCUCAGUUGGAACAGGAUCCAACAAAUAUGGAGUGAUAAGAGACGAUUGCCAGAGAGCAUAAUGGAUAUGCUUACAGAAUGGAGGAAUCAUCAGAAUUACGAGACAAAUCAAGUGGAGAUAAUGUGCAGGGAUUUGAAGGAGCAAGGACUCACAGAACUUGCUAACAAUGUUUUUGGCUCGCAAACCUCAACAAAAGUACAUGCUAGACGACCGUUACAUCAGAGACAUCAGCAAUAUGAUGGAUACUUAGCAGACAUUGAUAUGCUGUUUAUUGCCCAAAGACUUGGCAAGGACUGGAAAUCCUUUGGCAGCAUCAUUGGUCUGAAAAAACAUGAAAUAGAAAGAAUUAAGAUAGACUUUUCACCACCCAUUGUGGACUCAAGUCUGGAAAUGCUGGUUAAAUGGAGAGAAAGGCAGAACACUGAAGUAAACCACCUUGUAAAAAUGAGUGAUGCAUUGAAGAAUCUUGGAAAGAAAGCCGUCGCUAAAAAACUCCAGAAGUACUACCAGGAAACUUACCAAAACUAAUGAAAGAACAUAAGUAUGCAUUGGUAGCGACAAUUUAAAAGGACAAUUACACACUGAUUAGGCCAAGGGCUAGUUUUCCUAAUCCCUUCAGCGUGUGCAGGGCCCCACCACUGCGAUUACAACACUCAAAAGAGUUUAAUGCCACAGUGUAUCAUAGCUCAAAUAAGGACACCAGAAGAUUUGAUAUGAUAAAGAGGAAGUAAAUGAUAAUAUAGUGUAUAUAUACAUGAUUUAAUAUUGUACAUAUGGUAAAUAUAACGGGCAAAGGCCUAAGUCACACUGAUGCGCACAGCAUAGACAUCUAGGCCUAGGCUCACGUAUGUUUCGCGUUCAAGCCAGCUGUCUAAGGAAAUUAAAAUGUCAGAGAAAAAGUUUUUGAUCAUGUGACUAAAUGACGCUCGCUGAUUAGUUG